AUGUGGUUUUUUUAUCUGACACAAUUAACUUUAAUGUGUAUUAUUCCAUUAGUCAAUGGUGUAUCUCAGGUUGUUGAUUCAGGAACUAUUCUAGGUUGCAUUCCUCCACAGGGUUCCCUCGCAAAAGGGUUCACUGUGUCUUACUACCACUAUCCUAUGAUUCCAAAUCCGAACUCAGCAGGUUGCUACCUUAUAAACAGUGUAUUUCGAACGGAUGAAUACCAGCACGGCGGUUAUGAGACUCUUGGUGGAGGAUUAAUUGGUAGGAGCAAUGGUGUAACAAAUUUAACGUACUAUUCCCCUAGCACAUGUUCCCCCGGUUGUUGUAAAGUUCAAGUUGGUAAUGUACCACCAAACUAUAAUUACGAUUCCCAGGUAGCUUUGGGUAAUCUCACUAUGUUGCUCACUGGCUAUUUUUUGCCCCCUAAGUCUGGUAACUAUAAAUUCAAUGUAGAUUAUGUUGACGAUGUGACUUACAUGAAUAUUGGUGCUGGCAAAGCAUUUGGAUGUUGUCAUAUUAAUAGUACUGUUUCAAACCCAGGUCCAUUUGAUUUAACCCUUACAUAUCCUGACAGUAAAAAUAGUGCCACAGUUAAUCUAUUAGAAGGGUUAUACUAUCCGGUAAGAAUUCUCUAUAUUAACAGGUAUGAUACCGGUAAACUUCUUAUGUCUUUCGAGGAUCCAGAUGGGGUGAUCCAUCAGACUUUCGAUGAUUAUGUAUUUAUGGCUCCCGAUGGAGAUGAGUGUCCUGCCCCUGUAGCCACAACAACAAUACCAUGGACUUUCCAGUCAACUACCACUCAAACAACCGUUGUUACAACCUCCGGUUCUGAUAAUCUACCAAUAACUGAGAACCUCAUUAUCGUGAGAGCACCAGAUAUUACCUUUGCCACGACAAUUAACACCCCUUGGACAGAGACCUUUACCAGCACAUAUUCGACUGGUUUAACAACCACUUCGGGACCCGACGGUAUUAAAACCAUUUUCGAAACAUUAUUUGUCGAGACUCCUGAGAUUGAGACCGCUGUGACCAAAGUUAUUCCAUGGACUGGGAAAUACACCACCACAUAUUCAACUAAUAUUGCCACGGAGACUGGUACUGAUGGCAUACCAACUGUCAAAACGAACUUCCUUGUAGAGACUCCUCAGGUUGAAACAGCCACUACAGUUAAUAAACCAUGGACCGGUACUUACACCACCACCUACUCCACUGGUAUUUCCACAGAGACUGGUGCUGAUGGAAUACCAACUGUUAAGACAAACUUCCUUGUCGAGACUCCUCAGGUUGAAACAGCAACCACAAUCAAUGCAGGAUGGACCGGUACUUACACCACCACAUACUCCACUGGUAUUUCCACAGAGACUGGUGCUGAUGGCAUACCAACUGUCAGAACCAACUUCCUUGUCGAGACUCCUCAGGUUGAAACAGCCACUACCAUCAAUGCGGGAUGGACCGGUACUUACACCACCACAUAUUCAACUAAUAUUGCCACGGAGACUGGUACUGACGGAAUACCAACUGUUAAGACAAACUUCCUUGUAGAGACUCCUCAGGUUGAAACAGCCACUACAGUUAAUAAACCAUGGACGGGUACUUACACCACCACCUACUCCACUGAUAUUUCCACAGAGACUGGUGCUGAUGGCAUACCAACUGUCAGAACCAACUUCCUUGUCGAGACUCCUCAGGUCGAAACAGCAACCACAAUCAAUGCAGGAUGGACCGGUACUUACACCACCACAUAUUCGACUGACUUUGUUACUGUCACAGGUAUUGAUGGUAUCAUAACUCUCCAAGCUGUGUACCAUGUGCAAACACCUACCCUUAAACUUUCCAAAUUCGAUAAUUUGUCAUCAACAAGUAACGAUACACAAGCUUAUUCUACCGACAUUAUAGCUACCACAGGCGCCGAUGGUGUUCCCACUGUCCACCCCACCUUCAGUGUUGAUGCUUCAGAGAUUGGAAGUAUCUCUACGGUUAUUUCGCCAUGGACUGGAACAUAUACCACCACUUACUCAACUGAACUAGUUACAGCCACCGGUACUGACGGUAUUAUAACUGUCCAAGCAGUGUACCAUGUGAAAACACCAAGUACUGGAACCACCAAUACCAAAAAAAGUACAUGGAUCAGCAACUAUAUCCAAACAUACCCCACUGGCGGUAUAGGUAGUAGCAGUGCUGAUGGUGUUUCCAAUGUUCAGACCGCUAUUCAUGUCAAGACCGGAGAGGCAGGAAACGCCAUGAAAAUCAAUAUCCCAUGGACAGGCACUUACACCACCACCUACUCAACAGGAGCCUUCACUUCCACUGGUUCUAACGGUAUACAGACUGUUCAAACGGCGUUCUACGUUAAAACUCCAGAGAUGUGCUCUUCCAGUUUUGGAUACAGUAACACUUCAAGUACUACUUCCCAUGGUACCGAUUCAAAUGGUAAUAAAAAUCUUCAAUCUGAAACAUCCAAGCCAUUAGUUAAGGUAUCUGUUACCUCCGGAAAUGUGAUAGGCCAUUCCACGGCAGAGACAAACUUGCCAAUAUCUCAAAAAACAAGUUCUAAUCGACCAACAACUUCUAAAAACGAUGACGGUCCAGUACCAGAAAGAGGUAGUACUGCAAACAUCAACACUCCUCUUGGAACCACGAUGAAUGCCGUUGGGGAAACAUCCGGAGCGGUGAGUGGAAUAAUUGAUACUGAAACAAAGGGGAAACAAAGUAAAACAAUGUCGAUCAGUGUUGGUCAACCAGUAACAGUCAGUUCUGCAACUUCCAAGGCGACUUCUCCUCAACCAUCUUUGAAUCCAUCCAUCCCAACUUUUACGCCUUCGAUCUCCGGAGCUUCACAAACCGCCACAUUUGAGACGCGUUUGGAAGACAAAGCCAAUAAGAUACUCAUCUCUCCUCUAGUGAUAAUAUUAUUAGCGUUCUUGUGA